AUGGGUCGCCUCAAGAGCUUUGAGACCCAGAAACCUUGUAUAUGUAAUGACAUUUGCUUGUUAGAUAAAGUGGGAAGUCUUGUUCAUCCAUCUCCCCCUGUCUUUCUCCUUCCCUGUAGAUAUGACUCUGGGGACCACGUUGCUGUUUACCCCAUUAAUGACGUGUCAAUAGUGAACAGAAUAGGCCAGAUCCUGGAUGCCGACCUGGACACUGUUAUCUCUCUCAACAACCUUGAAAAGUCCAAUAAGAAGCACCCAUUCCCGUGUCCGACAAUGUACAGCACGGCUCUGAUCCACUAUUUGGACAUCGCCAACCCCCCUCGCACCAACGUCCUGUUUGAGCUGGCCCAGUAUGCCACCGACCCCAAGGACCAGGACAUCCUGCAUAAGAUGGCCUCCGCCUCCCCCGAGGGCAAGGGUCUGUACCAGAGUUUGGUGCUGGAUUCUCAGAGGAACAUCCUUGCUGUGUUGGAGGACAUGCCGUCCCUCCACCCUACCAUAGACCACCUGUGUGAGCCGCUGCCCCGCCUACAGGCUCGCUACUACUCCAUCGCCUCCUCUGGUGUACUCCGACAUGGUGAGCAUCUGUGCGGUGGUGGUGGUGGAGUUCCAGACCAGCACAGGGCGGAGCUUCAAGGGAGUGGCCACCAACUGGCUGAAGAACAAGUUGGUGGUGACGGACAACGGCCACAAGGCCACGGUGCCCAUGUACGUCUGCAAGUCCCAGUUGCGGCUGCCCUUCAAGGCCAGCAACCCGGUGGUGAUGAUUGGGCCCGGCACAGGCAUCCCCCCCCUUCAUGGGCUUCCUCCAGGAGAGGGGAUGAAGGAGAAAGGGAAGGAUGUCGGCGGGACGAUACUGUACUUCGGCUGUCGCCACAGAUAUCAGGACUUCAUGUACCAGCAGGAACUGGAAGAGUUUGAGAAGGUGGGCGUGCUGACUCAGCUCAUCGUGGCCUUCUCCAGAGACCAAGAGGAGAAGGUAACACAGCACACCUUAACUUCUCUGUCAGCUCUGAGGCGUUAACUAUGGGAUAAGAUUCAAUACACUCUUAUCUAUCAUUGACUUAGAUAAGAUACAAUUGUUGAUAGCAACUCCAGUGUAUAUUUGGCCUUGUGUUUAAGGUUAAUGUCGUACUGAAAGGUGAAUUUGUCUCCCAGUGUCUGUUGAAAAGCAGACUGAACCAGGUUUUCCUCUCGGAUUUGCCUAUGCAUAGCUCUAUUCCAUUUAUUUUUAUCUCCCAAAAUUCCCUAGUCCUUGCCGAAGAUAAGCAUACCCAUAACAUGAUGCAACCACCACCAUUCUUGAAGAUAUGAAGAGGGGUACUCAGUGAUGUUUGGGAAAAAUCCAACAUAACAUGUAACGCUUUCUUUUCAGGACAGUUCAUUUCCUUUCCUCAUUUUUUGCAGUUUUACUUUAGUGCCUUGUUGCAAACAGAAUGCGUGUUUUGGGAAAUUUGUAUUCUGUGCAGGCUUCCUUCUUUACUGUCAUUUAGGUUAGUAUUGUGGAGUAAUUAAAAUGUUGUUGAUCCAUCCUCAGUUUUCUCCUGUCACAGCCAGCAACUGAGUUAUAUAUGAACAGUAUAAGUUUAAAGAAUGCAUUUGUAAAUAAAUAAUAAAUGGAGAUCAUUGAUUUGCUUUA